CCAUGCUGUCAAACAUGGCCCCUUCCUGCAGGCUGUGAGAGGAGCGACAGCUGACAAAGCCAACAGGUUUACACAGAAACGGUGGGAGCUCGUCCCGUCAUAGCGCAUGUUCGUCCAGAUAUAGCUGCAUUUAUGUGCAUGCAAAACAUACCUGCCACACGAUGAAGAACGGCAUCAAAAGGAAGUGACAAGGUAUCCUGUUCUGCUUCAGACGCAUCUGUUCAGAUCAGUCCCUCCAUCUCUCUUUGGCCUCAUCCUCCCUGACACCAUGCAGGUGAACCCAGUUUACGUGGAGUCCGCUGUUGUCCUGGCCGUGGUGCUUUGUGUCCACAUGGCCAUCUGGAACCAGCACUCCUGGUGCAGCAUAGCUCUCGUCAUUCAGGCGUUCUACGUCCAGCACAAAUGGGACCGUCUGCUCAAGUCGGGAGCUGCCGUGUUCCAGUUUCGCCUGUCAGCCAACAGUGGCAUCGUUCCCGCUUCCAUGGUGAUGCCUCUGAUGGGCCUGGUGCUGAGAGAAAAGUGCUCUGCCUCAGGGAAUGUCUACUUCGAGCGGUUCUCCAUGGUGAUCACCAUCACAGGCAUGAUGCUGGCGCUGUUCCUCUCCCUGAUUGCGCUGGGUGUUACAAGACCCGUCCCGACUAACACUUGCAUUAUCUCAGGGCUGGCUGGCAGCGCAAUCCUCUACACGACAAAACAGACCCUGACAGUGUCGGAGGUCAUCGAGGUACUAGAGGUGUUGUUGAUCUUUGUUUAUCUCUGUUUGAUUGUGCUUUACCUGCUUCCACGCUGCUUCACACCCGGAGAGGCCCUCCUCAUCGUCGGUGGAAUCAGUUUCAUCUUGAACCAGCUCAUCAAGCGCUCGCUGAACCUGGCAGAGGUCAAAGGUGACCCAGUGAACUACUUUCUGCCGGUGGUGGUGGUGGGUUCACUGCUGUUGGGUGUUUUCUUCGCCCUGCUCUUCUGCUUCAUGGAGUCUGAGACUUGGGUGUCCUCCCUCUUCUUUCAUAUGAUGACAGCCGUUCUGGUUCUGGGUAUCCUGAUGCCGUGGUUGUCGCUGUUCAUCGACCGGCACCCCAUCAUGUGGCUUUUGGACUUUGUCACCCUGAAUGACAGAAGACUUUGUUUGCUGGGGUAUUGGGUGUUUCUGGCAAUCGUCGCAACUUGUGUUGUGCUACAUCAGAACUAUCAGCGCCAGUCGGGAUCCAAGAAGCACCAGGCCUCUACCGUUGUCAGGAAGUAUUUCCACCUGAUAGUAGUGGCCACCUACGUUCCAGGACUGAUUUACGACAGACAGCUGCUACAUGUGGCUUCUGUCGGAUGCCUGGCAGUUUUCCUGUUGCUGGAGUAUGCCCGUUACUUUCGUAUCCUGCCUUUCGGCCAGCUGCUCAGGCAACUUCUCACCUUGUUCCUGGAUGAAAGAGACUCUGGCCCUCUUAUUCUCACUCACAUUUAUCUGCUGCUGGGCAUGUCUCUGCCCAUUUGGUUGUUUCCUGGACCCUGUGCUCCCAAGGGGAUCCUCACUGGGGCUGGGGGUCUGGUACCUUAUGCGGGCGUGCUGGCUGUGGGAGUCGGAGACACCGUUGCGUCUGUCUUUGGCAGUACCAUGGGAGAGAUCCGUUGGCCUGGCACCAGGAAAACCUUGGAGGGGACCGCAACGUCCGUGUUUGCCCAGAUCAUCGCCGUGGUGAUGUUCCUCAUCUUUGAUGGAAGCAUCAAUCUGAACUCUACCUACUCAUGGAUUGUUGGCUCCAUCACCCUCGUGGCUUUGCUGGAAGCCUACACCUCCCAGAUUGACAAUCUUUUGCUGCCGCUCUACCUCUUCAUCCUGUUGUUGCUUUAAAUGAACAAAUGGCAAAAAGAAACAUUUCCUAUCUGUCUAUACUCGAGUGUUUCCUGUGGGAAAGCGAAAUUGUGAAUGAAAUGUCUUAAAGAAAAAUAAGUAACGGAAGCCCUUUAGGAUUCAGCAGACAGGAGAGGAAAAGAUAGAGCAUCUCAGCACAAAGAAAUUGCUUAAAGCUCUCCAGAAAAUGAUGUUGCGCACAUGAAGUCAGUCACUGUACACCUUCAUGUUGCAAUAAGGAGAUCUAGAGCAGGUUAUAAAGAAACAUGAGCUCAGUGUCAGUGGUGGUGUACAUUUCUGUCCUGCCUCUGAAGAACUCAACCACUGACACCUAUAACUCUUAAAUUAUGCAAACUGAGUUUAGCACAGUGGGAAUGCAUAUGGAACUCCCAUGUAUCGUUUUGAUUUUUGAUAUCUUUUAUGUACAACCAACACAUCUACGUGCAUUGCCUUGGAAGAACAUCAUUUAAAGUUUUCUCUCUUUAUCAAUCUUGUUCUUUGAUUGUCAGUCUUGACUCCCCCAUGGCAAUAUAAAGGACUGCCCGCUAUGCUAACAUGCCUUAAGAUGUGUAUUUUCUCUAGCAGGUGAUCACUUAUUGUAGAAGUUGUAGAUAAAAACAUGGCAGUCCAAAUCAACUUAUUUGUAUAAGGGCUGGCUCUCCUUGUGAUUCUGCAUGACACUGAUGUGAACUCUAGUACUGUAACAUGUUUAUAUGCAGCUUUCCUCAGCUACGAUUUUGCUCUAAAUGUUUACUUUGCUCUGUGUGUUUGUGGUUUAACUGGACCAUUCCUUGUUAAACUGAUCAUUUAAACUAUUAUUAUUAGUAGUAUUAUGAUUAUGACGAUGAAUCGGUAUGUAUGUUUUUGGGUCAACCUAUGAACAGACACCCUGAGAUUUAAUUUAAGAUGCUUUGUAGAUGUGUCCUUAAAUGUCAUUAUGUUGGACUUCAUCAUUUAUACACAAAGAUACUUUAAUUUAUUAUCUAUUAUUUGAUUUCAGUGUUGAUUGGCGUUAUUUUAUAUAUGUAUAUUUUUCAGUUGUGACGUGUUUUGGAAUAGUAGUAUCCUCAUGAUUCUUUCCUUUUUCUGUAUUAUUGCAUGAUCUGCGCAUCAUGGCAGAUACCUGCUAAGCCUCCUGUGUGAAUGAAUGACCAUACUACAAACACACAAAAAUGAACUUUCUCUUUUAUAAUUUGAUCCUUAAUAAAAAUGUUUACAUGUUUGUGUUAAAAA